AUGAAUAAAUUCGUCAUUACAAUUACAUCACUUUCUGGCGAGUCUGCUCACUCUACCAUGCUUUACACUAAAGAAAAUAGGCAUCUAUUCAAUCGAAUUAUAGAAAGUAAUUUGUUAUGCCAAGUUAAAUUGAGAAACAUAUUUGACGAGGGCAUUCAUCUCACCAUCAGUGAUGUAUCCAUCUCUGUCAAUAUCAGCCUUGUGGAGAGCCUUGGAAGCUCUCCAGUUGGGGAAGUAGGCACCGAGCUCCUUGAAGGCGAGUUUCAAUUCUUGUUUGUCAAGACAGCCGUCACUAUUUUUGUCAUGGCGUCGGAAAAGGGCAAGCAGCUGCUGUUCUGUGAGAAUAAUUGGCUCCGAUUUAGGGAUUACAGAGCAUAUUCUCUGCAAUUAGGUACCAUCCAUGGCUACCAAUUCAGAGAAUGA